AUGAAUGUGGUCAAGAUGAGUCACCGGAAGUUCGAAGCGCCUCGUCACGGCUCCCUUGCCUACCUCCCGCGCAAGCGCGCUGCCCGUCACCGUGGUAAGGUUAAGAGCUUCCCCAAGGAUGAUGCCAAGAAGCCCGUCCACCUUACUGCCUCCAUGGGCUACAAGGCCGGUAUGACCACCAUCGUCCGUGACCUUGACCGUCCUGGUGCCAAGAUGCACAAGAAGGAGAUUGUCGAGGCCGUCACCGUCAUCGAGACCCCUCCUCUCGUUGCCGUCGGUGUCGUCGGUUACAUCGAGACUCCCCGUGGUCUCCGCUCCCUCACCACCGUCUGGGCUGAGCACCUGAGCGAUGAGGUCAAGCGUCGCUUCUACAAGAACUGGUACAAGUCCAAGAAGAAGGCCUUCACCAAGUACGCCAAGUCCCACGCCGAGAGCUCCGGUGCCUCCAUCACCCGCGAGCUUGAGCGCAUCCAGAAGUACUGCACUGUCGUCCGUGUGCUCGCCCACACCCAGAUCCGCCAGACUCCCAUCAAGCAGAAGAAGGCCCACCUUAUGGAGAUCCAGGUCAACGGUGGUUCUGUCUCCGACAAGGUCGACUUCGCCCGCAACCUCUUCGAGAAGACCAUCGAUAUCGAUUCCAUCUUCGAGAAGGACGAGAUGAUUGAUGUCAUCGCCGUCACCAAGGGUCACGGUUUCUCCGGUGUCACCUCCCGUUGGGGUACCACCAAGCUGCCCCGCAAGACUCACAAGGGUCUGCGUAAGGUCGCCUGUAUUGGUGCUUGGCACCCUAACCACGUCCAGUGGACUGUUGCCCGUGCCGGUCAGGACGGAUACCACCACCGUACCUCUUGCAACCACAAGAUCUUCCGCAUUGGAAAGGGUACCGAUGAGGGUAACGCCUCCACCGAGUUCGACAUCUCCAAGAAGCAGAUCACCCCCAUGGGUGGUUUCGUCCACUACGGUGAGGUCAAGAACGACUUCGUCAUGGUCAAGGGCUCCGUUCCCGGUGUCAAGAAGCGUGUUAUGACUCUGCGCAAGACUCUGUACCCCCAGACUUCCCGUAGGGCCACCGAGAAGGUCGAGCUCAAGUGGAUCGAUACCUCCUCCAAGUUCGGUCACGGUGCUUUCCAGACCUUCGAGGAGAAGAAGGCCUUCAUGGGUACCCUCAAGAAGGACCUUGUGGAGACUGUUUAA